AUGAAGUCAUCUAUUUGCUGCUUCUACAUCCGAAACGUCAAAAUCAUACAUUCUUCAACGUCAACUCAGAUAUAUAAUUUAGAACAUUAUAUUCGAUAUUGUUAUGCAACUAAUUUAUUCAGCACUGACAAUGAUUUCUGUGCAGGAUAUGUAAAUAUCUCGACGAACAACAACAAUUCGCAAUUUAGAUUGAUACCUAAGCUUACGUUUAUCUUGGCAGGAAGUCAUCAUUAA